ACACAGUCCCUGUAGCUAUGGCAGAGACGCAGGAGCUGCUGCUGCAGCUGCAGAAGGACAACCGCGACGGGCGACUGCGGAAGCAGGAGCUGGAGGAGCUGGUGCGCGGGCUCGAGGCCGAGAGCGAGAGCCUCACCGCGCGCCUGCAGGACCUGCGCGAGCGCGAGCGCAGCCUGCAGCGGAAGCAAAGCCAGUUGGCGCGGACCCUGUGCGGGGAGGCGCGCGAGGCGGCGCGGGAGCACGCGGAGAGAGCUCGCGGGCUGCUGGAAGCCGCGGAGCGGCGCCACCAGGACUUGGAGCAACGUAACCGGCAGCUUCAGGAGCAGUGGGAAGAGCUGUCGAGUCAGCUCUUCUACUACGGAGGGGAACAACUGAGUCAGCAGCGCGCAGAUCAGCGACUGGGGACUCAACUGAUGGCGUUGCAGAAACAACUGGAGCUGGUGGAGGCCAAGCACGCCAGGCAGGCGGAGAACCUGCGGCAGGGCGCGCAGCGGACGGAGGAGGCCUGGGCCAGCUUUCAGGAGCAGAGCGGAGUCCUGCAGGAGUUGCAGGCAAAGGUGGCGGAGGCAACUGCUGCGCUGGACGCCUCGCGGGACGACCCGGAUCUGUGCGACUCCCAUCCUCUUCGGGGGCAGGACUGCGCGGGCUCGCUCAUGGAGGAGGUGGCCGAGGCUGACUGUGUGAGCGCGAACCCGGACCCGCUCUUCACGGGGGUCACCCGCACCCACGGGGCUCCGCCUCCCCUCGAGGACCCGGAACUCGUGGCGCCCCCGCGCCGGGGCCGAGCUAGAAGCCGCUCCCUCUGUCCGCAGGAGAUGCGGCUUUCCACGGGCACCGGCAGGGCUGGCAUCAGCGCCUGCUGCCGCACCAGAGCCACCUCGGAAGUUGGUUCUUCAGGGCACCGGCCUGGGCAUUGGUCUCCUGUGGUCCCCUUGCGGAACGUGCUGGUCCUGCUGGCGUCGCGCGCUCCCCGCGGCGGUCUUCGUUGGGAAUCGUCUUUUUAUAAAUAAAAAGUCUACCUAAAGGUAGACUGUUCUGCUUAGUGGAAAUGAUGAAUCUUGAGUUUUGUGGUUUUUUUUUUUUUUAUAUACAAAUACUACUUUUAUUCUUUACGGUUUUUGGUAGUGAAAUUGUUCCGUGUAUCUCCUUGUUGCGGGCGCGCGUGCACACACCCAGCGACACGCCCCCCUCCCCCCGCCCCGCAACACACAGGUUUUGGCAGUGUCUCCAAACAAUCGUUUUCUUAUUGAUGUGUAGGUAUUUAAGUCCUUUUGGGGUUAAAUUUGUUUAUGUAAUCCUGUGUAUAAAAUUUCAUCAAAUUUAGAAAUUGUGUGCUAUGUCCUAUAAAAAUCCAUUCCAGUCCAGAAAUUGUAAUACAUACGGUAAAUACCUUUAGUUGGUGUAAACAUUUUGUUCAUACAUUCAUUAUAACAUUUUGUUGCUAACCACUUUAUGGUUUCAUGCAUAAAUGGGCAUUUGGGUUGUUUCCACCUUUUGGCUGUGGUGAGUAAUGCUUCUGUGAACAUUGGUGUAUCAAUGUUUGUUCUUUUGGGUAAAUACACAGACUUGGAACUGCUGGAUCA